AUGUGCAUGCGUGUUGAGGCCAGUCGCACCGUAGUUGUAGGUGGUCAGCAGGAUUUGGCUCGUAGUAUUAGGGUCGUAAGGUGGGUGACGGGAGCAAUCCGAAGUUCCCUGGGCAUCGCAGCGAGGAUCGCCACGAGAUUUAGCGACAGCGAGCCUAGACAUCCCCAUAGAUCGAGUUGCCAUCUGUCAGUGGCAGAAGAUCAGGAAAAGGCGGAUAAGGACCAGUCGAUGCAAGAGCUCCGUUCCAAGCGGGUAGAGCACAUUUCCGAGGAGGGCGAACAAGCUCCCUAUGGCACAGACAGCCGGACGGAACGGUUAUCACUGGUGGAUUGCCUUCAUGUUGUGGGGAGCCCUAUGCCGGGCUGA